AUGGCUACCAACUAUGGCAGAGCCCCAGGCCACCUCAAGCGGGUUGAAUCAGUCUACGCUGAUGAGGAUGAUCCCACAGGUCUGGUCCGGCGGAACCUUGAGUGCGGAGAUGCUGCUCGAUAUAGAGGGCAGGCAACGCGACCUAUGAACGCAGAUGGUACAUUGGCGCCACGAAAGCUCAACAGCAAGUUUCCAUCCCUCCUCGCAGGCCAGGGAAGGCCCAUAGAUCAGCUGGUCGAAGCGUUACAGGAGCCUGAUCUGGCCGCUGUCAGGGACAGAAAGCGCAAACGCGAUGAGGAGAAGGGCGCCAAUGUCGGCAUGGGCAUCACCCUGGAGAAGCUGUUCGGUGUCAGCGGACGUGGCAUCGCGGGUCUUGUCAACGUGCCGGCCGUCAAUGGAGGCCAGCCCUACCAGUCCGUCUGCAAAGUAGACAGGAGGAACAUCAAUGACGUUGAGAAGGAAGAAGGUCUUCUGCAAGACUUCGAGGGCUGCAAGCACAUUGUGCAGUAUGACCGUAACACGCGGUACUUCAAGAAUCUCCGUCGCUCCAAAAAGGGAAACAGCCGCAAACCACCUUCACAGUACAAGGACAGACUCAAUAUCGGAGCGGAUUGGAAGCGAAACUUUGUCAUGAUGGAAUAUGCAGAGCUGGGGAAUCUGCUCACUUGGCUUCAGAGGACCAGUGCUCAUGCUGCCGAUCCCAAUUCCAAACUCGGCCCAUGGCCGAACAAGGCGCUGUGGCAACUUCUCGAGUGUCUGACGCGGGGUCUGAUUGGCAUGGCGUACGCUCCUCACGGCGAAGCUAGUGAUCAGCCUGGCAAGGUGACUGAUGAGACUGUGCCUCCAUCUCCAGCACCCGAGAUUGGCGAUUUCGGCCUCAUGCAGGACUUUAGUCUCCUUGAGGAGAACCCUAACGCCUUUUCCGAGAGAAAGUUCUGGCAGUUAAGGAGUACUGGAAAAUCUGGUCACUUUGUACCGGAGCAAUUCUGUCAAGAGUGGGACGAGUUCAAUAGCUUCAUGGGUUUCAACAACAACGGGAAUAAGAAUCGGUUCAUCGGCCAGGGAGAGCUCAAGCCUCCUGUCGCCGGCAACUACAGCAUGGCUAGCAACGUCUUCCAGGUUGGCAUCAUCAAGGAGCUUCAGACAUUGCGGGACGCGCUGAGCGUCGCAAAGGCUGUGAAGCGAAGGGCACCUGCGGGUUCGGUCUUUGGUGAGUUGAUCAAGGUGUUGCAGAAGGUUCCGGGCGUCAAGAAAGAGAAAGAAGCUGCCAAGAAAAUGGCAGAUGACAUGGCUGGCGGCGAGGACAAGGGAGGGGAGGGCGACGGCGGUAACGAGACUGAAGAGCCCCAGGGGCGCAGCCAGCUUGAACAGCGCCGCGCUGGCAAACGUAAACGGCCACCUAGCAUCCCACGGCGCGAGACCAGACAGCAAACGAAACGCAGAAUAGCGGCAGCCAGUUCCUGCAGGGCUGCGAUUGCAUAA